AUUGUGCGUCCGCCGCUGGACAUUGUCGUGAAAUCAUGGAGGUCCUGCCGUGUCCCGUCAACGUGGACUUCAGCAACACCCGAGCUGGAAGCGAGACGGACGAAUUGGACGGUGCCUGUCAGGCGCUGGCGAAGAGGCUGGAGGUCGAGCUCAGGAGGGCUAAACACGCCCAGCUGGCUUGCGGCGAGGUCCUCCUGCCUGCCGAUUUGCUGCCCAAGAUAGCCAAAGAUGUACUUACCAUGGCGGAGAACGAGCCCUGUGGCCUUCGAGGCUGCACGUUGUUCAUCAGCUUCGAGACGGACAGUAUGUGCCGCAAACUGUCGAGAAUACAGUGUGAUCCCAGUACCGUGUCGACGUUCGAGCUUUAUCUCACGCUGAAGCAGGAUCAUACGUCCUGGCACAUGCUGCUGCCUCAGUUCUUAAAAAAUCUCACGCGUGGUGGCACCAUUAUGAUCAGUAGGGACUUCACUCUGCAAAAGAAGAAACUCUACAGGUCUUUCCAGCAAUCUCAUUGAGGAGCCUCGAGAUCACACAUCGGGGUUUUGCACGUUUAAUGAUCACCCGUUUGUGCUUAAAUGGGUGUGGCCAUUUUUGUCAGUCUGCCGCCCUGUGGGCGUCAGUCAAAUUUAUACAAUAUCGGAAGACCAGGAAGGAAAAAAAAACUGAGAUGAUGGAAGCAGCGAUGUGGACCCGAGGUUAGAUUUCGUCGUUGCAACGGCACGUUGUCAAAUUCGCGUACUACUGAUUGCGCAAAGUGUUGCGUUUAACCCUUUAACUUGGAAAUUACAUUUGGAUUUUCUAUUUGACACUUCACUUGCGAGAGACCGUAGAAACUUUUUGAUCGAUGAUCGCGCCCGAGCGCGGAAAUGAGAUUGUUCUGUGUGUUUAGAAUUUAUUCGUUGAAUGUGUAAAGAAAUGGAGUAGUUCGUAGAAAUGCUACUUUACAGUAUAAAAUAAUUGCAGUUUGAACGAAACAGUUAUAAAAGUUAGAUCUUAUGUCGAAAGUCUAGCGAUGCAUGGAUCUAAAAAUCGGAUAAUUUAGGCGUCCACAGAUCUAAUAGUUUAACAAAGUCGGGAUCUAAGGAACUUGAGGAUCAUAGACAUCUCAAUAUGCAGAUGCACGGGGAUUAAAUUCAAUCAGCUGAAUUGCAAUCCAGAAGUUAAACAAUUGGGUUUGAAGGACGCUGGAUAUAUUGAAGAAAGAAAUUUUGCAAGGCUAGUUUAUAAGAUACGUAGAAUUUGAAGAUCGUUGAUGUUGAGGACCGUAGAAUUUAAGGCUUCCAAAAUCUAGGUAUCUAGAUUUGGAGUUAGAAGUAUUGUAACGGUAAGGAUGAAUCUAACACUCUGAACCUAGCACUUCUCACUGCUGAACAGCGAAUCGGUUAAAGGGUUAACGACAACAAUAUCGCUCUUUGUUUUGUCUGCUGUCACCAUGCAAUACACUGUAUUCAAGGAGAGAAAGAGGCCUAUUACGCGUUCGAUAAUUGUGAUAGCGCGAGACAAGUUCUAGUAGUAGCAGAUCUUAUAUCGCGAGGAAAUGGCUCCUCGCGUCUUCGUUCUUGAAGAGGAUAUGUGAUUAUAAGACUUGUAACAAAUUUCACGUGAUACGUAGCGAGUAUGAUUAGUUUUUAGAGAGCGCGUUUUACUGAUUAAUCGUAGUCAGGUAGCUAUUAGUCGCGUCGGAUGUUUAGUGACGAUCCUUCGAAGCUCGUGUGUCUCUCACACGUACACAUUUGUCCAUUUUUCAUCGUGAAAUGCGAAAUGUGGCAGCACAUUUUCCAAAUAGAAAUCUUUUAUGAAAAUCAGGAUAGUCCCAGAGAAGUGAGUACUGAUAAGACACUCACUUUUCAUCACUUGUCAUUUUUGUUCGAGUCACCGUUGACAUCAAUGUUGACAUCAAGAAUAAUCAUAUAAUCGAAUUAUUUUACAUUGAGAAGCGUAAGAAUCCAAAUAAUCACAUUUUUCCAAUUAAUUUUUACAUUUUUGCAAACUUUCGAGGGAACAUAUCUUUUUCUCCUCAAAAGUUGCAACAAAAGUAAUUUCAGUAGGGCGUUUUAACAGUGCACAUUUUUCUGGGACAUCCUGUAUAUCCUGUCGAUAGAUGGUACUGAUGUUCAGCCCAUAUCGUCAUUCCAUCGAUCUAUCUUUCUCCCUCGUCAUUUUCUCUUUUCAUAAAAAAACAGUCGCUAUGUGUGAAAAAUCUCAUUAAAUUAUAAUAACAUCUUCUCUCGAUGUCGCGAUGCUGAUAAAUCGUUCCCGCGUAUCACCGAUAAACAUAUUAAUAUUUACGCGAUCAUUACCGCGUGAUUCGUCUCGACGGUAACUUGUUUAAGUGAUCGAAUUGUCGGCGAAAGCAGCGUAAGUCUUUCGCCUUCAGUCUGCAUCGUUAGUGCGUGGUGUUUUGUUUCAGUUAAAUUUCAAUAUUUCGUAUUUUGAGAUUUUGGUCCUGCGAUUGUGAACGUAUUUCGAUGAAUGUUCUCCGGUAGAUACUGUGAAAAGUUCGUAGCUCGUGAAACUCGUCACAGAUUUUCCGUAUAUAGUUCACGGGAUUAAUGAGGAUCCCUUGAUGAGAUAGAGAGUAAAGCGGUGCAAUUUCCAACAUUUCAGAAUGUAGCUUAAACUUCUUGAAUUAACAGACAAGAAACAACCUUAUUGUCUAUCAGAUAUAAAAAAAUAACCGUGCAAAAUCGUAUGCAGACUAAUGACUAAAUGUAUAUCCACUAGACUAGAUAGUUGAACUAUAUAUCUCUUAUCGUCAGUAUAAUCUGAGAGACGAUUCAUCUUGAAACUGUACCGCUUUAACUCUGUGUAGCUUCAAACAGAUUUUCACAGAGGAACAAUGACGAGAUGAGCUCGCGUUCGCCGCUUAACACGUUGAAAGGGACGAAGGAUUAGAGAGAGGAUUAACGUUCUGCCAGUAAAUUGUUGUUCACAAUCUUCGCUUUAAUUUGUCAUGUUUAUUAUUAUUGUUGUUAUUAUUCGUUGACUACCGUACGUACUGCUACUUACGUUGUGGUUAAUAUCUGUUCGCGUUUUUCUUGUGUCUAUAUAUAUUUUUUUAUUUCUUUACUCCUCUCUUUUUUCUGUUUUUUUUUUCACUUUGCUUCGGUCGCUUUUCGUCGUAGCGCGAUUAAAGACCUUAGUGGCGGUAUUGUGAUAUUAAGAAUUACGAAGUGAUUAAGAGAAAGAAGCAAGUAUGUGAUUAUCGUUAGGAUUUAGAUUAAAGACGCUCGCGUAAAGUUUUCUUCGCGGGGUCGAGAGAAACGUGUUGCGUAGGGGAUACGAGUCCCUCCGGUUUUACCUUCGUGCAAGAGAGAGAGAGAGAGAGAGAAAGAGAGAGAAAGAGAGAGAAAGAAAGAAUACGCUGAAACCGAAAACCUCUUCGUGGUUUACUUACAAAGGGUGGCGACGCUUUAACCGGUGAAUCGAAUAUUUAUGCCAGAAAGUGAGGUUUCCUUUUACGAACUGGAUUACAACUGGAUGCGUUCCGCGACGAGACUCAAUAGAAUUAGAUUGAACUCGUUCUUUUUUUGUGAUAAAAUGGAACUGUCUCUUUCAAAGUCGGCGAAGCAAAAAAACCCGAUACUGUUGCAAUGAAAUUCACUGUUUAAGAGAGAAAUUGUAUGGAAUGAUUUAUUUGUAUAUAUUUUAUUUUAUACGUUAAAAUAAAUUAUAAUUUUUAUUGAAAAUAAAUCUAAUCUUUUUCAUACGCUCUGAUGAUGCAACACUGUUUUAAAACUUGUUUCUUGUAAUUUCGUAAACACUGUGCGUAUUUAAUUAAUAUUUUUUUCCGGACAGCAAAAGGUCUGGAUUACGUAAUCUCACAUAUAUAUACCAAUACAUAUGUGUAUAUAUGUAAGAGGAGAGAGACUCUCUAAUAUAUAUUUAUAUAUUAGAAUCUGUGAAACAAAAGAUCUCUAUAAAUUUUUAGUAUCCAAGAAUAUAAUCAUGGAUCUUUUGUUAGUAUCUUGCGAUUUCAAAGAUCUUGCAAAUCAAACAAUAUGUAAAAUCUUAAUCUCACACAACAUAUAAAAUAAAAUUUGUUGCAUUUUAUUGGAAAAAAAUAUCGAUUUGAUACCACAAUAAUUAAUUGAAAAGUUACGUUUUUCUGGAUGACUAUUGGAGAAAAAUAAUUAAUAUAAUUGAUACUUCAAAAUAUUAAUUAUAGAUCGAGUCCAAGUUGUCUUGUUAUAAAAAAUUCAAAUUUGAAAAAUUUACAAAAGAAACCAAUAUUUUUUUGCAACUUUGUCGCGGAAAAGAAACAUCGAUAUAAAGUAUCGAUACACGAACAAGAAAUUAAUUUACAACGCCGAGCUCAAAACUUGUUUCUUAAUAAUCUAAAUGACGAAACUGAACCGGUUAAAGCUUUAAGGGGGAAGAGACACAAUCACGCGUCCAGAUACAUUUUCCCACCAUUCUCCCGAGUCGUAAAUCUACAUCCCCUUACCUCAUACGAAGACGAAAAAAAAAGAGAAGUGGCUAAAAGGUCACGUAAGAAUGAGGGACAGCCACGUGUAAAGUUAACCGCGCGUUGGAAAUUGGGCUAUUCGCAUUUGCACGAAGGUGUAAGACUGAUUUGCUGAUGUAACAAACGAAAGACAUAGAGACGUUCGUCCGUCUCGAGCCAGCUGGCACUUCACAAUACGGUACGACCGUAAAUCAUUGCCCGAGAAGGUACCGUCUGAAGAAAAAAUUAUAGAAUUCCCUCGCAAGAUAUCUAUCUUCGAAAAACUGAUGAUUGAAGAGAAAAGAAGCGCGACGCGUAUAAAUUAUAAAUCUAAAAUGCGGAUCUAUCUUUCUCGGGGAAUGAUAUUUGGCUCAUACCGCGUAUCAACAUGUACUAUCGUAAUCAGCAGUUUUUUAAUAACAAAACGCUACAAACGACGUCGCAAGUCAAAAUUGUCGCAUUACCGAGCGAUAGAAAGCAAUACUCGCGGCCUCGUUUAAUUGUUAUCAGAUAAUUACGAAUGUAUGGUAAGUUGCGAGCGGAUAUACGUUUUACACGUGAAAGGUUAAUCCUAUACAGUAUAACACUUCUUUUUUUUUUAUUACAUGAAAAUGUGAAUGCGUCCGCGUAUAUAUUAUAUUAUCAAGUACGAUGUAAUU